AUGAGUCCAGUGUCCCUCCCUGUCUAUGUGUGCGGGGAUUACGCCCCAAUAUUUCUGACUGAGGAGCCCCGGGGCGGGGGCCCGGGGGCCCGGGGGGGUGUCCGGGGCCCGGGGCCGGGGCGGGUGUCCGGGGGCCGGGGCCGGGGCGGGGCCGGGGGCCCGGGGCCGGGGCGGGUGUCCGGGGGCCCGGGGCGGGGGCCCGGGGGCCCGGGGCCGGGCAGGGCCUGUGUGUGGCCCGCGCUGCUGUACCUGGUGCUGGCGGCCCGGGCCCGGGGGGCCCUGGGGGUCCCGGGGGGGCCCUGUGACCCGGAGCCCUGUGUGUUCGGGCGGUGUGUGGGCGGCGGCUGUGACUGUGACCCGGGGUGGGUCGGCCAUCGCUGUCAGCACUGCGGGGGCCGCUUCAGAUUAACCGAACCAUCAGGAUAUUUAACAGAUGGACCAAUAAAUUAUAAAUAUAAAACUAAAUGCACAUGGUUGAUUGAAGGAUAUCCAAAUGCAGUAUUAAGGUUAAGGUUUAACCACUUUGCUACAGAAUGCAGCUGGGACCAUAUGUAUGUAUAUGAUGGAGAUUCGAUAUAUGCACCUUUGAUAGCUGUGUUCAGUGGCCUCAUAGUUCCAGAGGUACGAGGAAAUGAAACCGUUCCCGAAGUAGUGACCACUUCUGGUUAUGCCUUGCUCCACUUUUUUAGUGAUGCUGCUUAUAACUUAACUGGAUUCAACAUUUUCUACUCGAUCAAUUCCUGCCCAAACAAUUGCUCGAGCCAUGGCAAGUGUGUCACUGGAAGUACGAUGGGCAGAGUAUUCUGUGAAUGCGAUAAUUAUUGGAAGGGCGAAGCUUGCGAUAUUCCUUACUGUAAGGACAACUGCGGGAGCCCCGAUCACGGCUACUGUGACUUAACGGGAGAGAAACUCUGUGUCUGCAACGACAGCUGGCAAGGGCCUGACUGUUCUCUGACUGUCCCAUCUACCGAAUCGUACUGGAUAUUGCCAAAUAUUAAACCCGUUAGCCCAAGUGUGAGCCGGGCAUCCCAUAAGGCUGUUGUACACGGGAAGUUUAUGUGGGUGAUUGGUGGAUACACGUUCAAUUACACUUCGUCCCAGAUGGUCCUUCAGUAUGACUUGGAAAGCAAUAGAUGGACUGGGGUACUUGUCACCAGUUUUAUGAGACCACUUGCUAGGUAUGGACACUCUCUAGCAUUAUAUCAGGGUGACAUUUACAUGUACGGGGGCAAAGUCGAAACUGGUUAUGGAAAUGUCACCAAAGAACUAUGGGUCUUCCAUAUCCCAAGCCUGUCGUGGACAAUGAAAACUCCCACAGUUUUGGCUCACGGACCUCAAUAUGACGUGGAAGGACAUUCUGCACACAUCGUUGAAAUGGACAGUGGAGACGUAAUCAUGAUCAUCAUAUUCGGAUAUUCUGCAUUCUACGGUUAUAUCAACAGUGUUCAGGAGUACAAUAUAAAGACCAAUUCAUGGUUGGUUCCAGAGACCAAAGGGGCGAUGGUACAGGGUGGAUAUGGCCACAGCAGCAUCUACGAUACCAUGACCAAAUCUAUUUACGUGCACGGAGGAUACAAAGUGUUUACAAGCAAUAAGUACGGCUUGGUGGACGAUCUGUACAAAUACACAGUGAAUACACGUACCUGGACAAUCCUUAAAGAGAGUGGACUGGCACGCUAUCUACAUUCAGCUGUCAUCGUCAGUGGGGUGAUGCUUGUUUUUGGUGGAAACACACACAAUGACACAUCUCUGAGUAACGGAGCCAAGUGUUUCUCUGCAGAUUUCCUAGCUUACGACAUUGCUUGCGAUGAAUGGGAAGUGCUUCCAAAACCCAAUUUGCAUCGUGAUGUGAAUAGAUUUGGGCACUCAGCAGUAGUAAGCAAUGGGUCUAUGUAUGUGUUUGGUGGUUUCUCCAGUAUGCUUUUAAAUGACGUCCUUGUAUAUAAACCUCCAAAUUGCGAGGCCUUCAAAGAAGAUCUCUGUUUAAAUGCGGGUUCAGGCAUAAGGUGUUUGUGGUACAAGAAUCACUGCGUUCCCUGGGAUCUGGGCUUCGCUAAUAGUAGCUCCCACAAGGUGAAAUGUCACCCAAAGAAAUCUGCUACGGAUGGCACAUGUUUCAGGUACACAGAGUGUGCCAGCUGCACUGCUAAUACGAACGGGUGCCAGUGGUGCGAGGAUAAGAAGUGCAUCUCUGCCAACAGCAACUGCACUUUGUCAGUGAAAAACUACACAAAAUGUCGCGUGAGGAACGAGCUUAUUUGCAGCAAGCUUACGAAUUGCAAGACCUGCUCACUAAAUCUAAACUGUCAGUGGGAUCAGCGGAAUCAGGAAUGCCAAGCUUUACCAGCUCACCUCUGCGGAGAAGGUUGGAACCAUGUAGGUGACGUCUGCCUUCGCAUCAACACGAGCCGAGAAAACUACGACAACGCCAAGCUCUACUGCUACAACCUCAGUGGGAAUCUCGCUUCCCUCACCACUUCGAAGGAGGUUGAAUUCGUUCUGGACGAGCUCCAGAAGUAUAUGGUACAGAAAAUCUCACCUUGGGUUGGACUGCGUAAAAUCAACAUCUCCUACUGGGGCUGGGAGGACAUGUCCCCAUUCACAAACACUACCCUGCAAUGGCUUCCUGAAGAGCCCAAUGACUCCGGCUUCUGCGCAUACUUAGUGAAAGCAGAAGUCGCCGGUCUCAAAGCAUACGCAUGCACAGAAAUGGCGGACGGCUUGGUCUGUGAAAAACCAGUUGUCAGUCCAAAUCAAAAUGCGAGACUCUGCAAAGUGCCUUGCUCGCUCAGAACAACGUGCGCAAACUGCACGAGUCAAGGUGUCGAGUGCAUGUGGUGCAGCAGUACCAAGCGAUGCGUGGAUUCCAACACUUACGUGAUCUCCUUUCCGUAUGGACAAUGCAUGGAGUGGCAGACCAUGAGCUGUCUCUCUCAAAACUGCUCUGGGCUUCGUACCUGUGCACAAUGCCUGGAACAUCCUGGUUGCGGUUGGUGCAACGACCCGAGUAACACAGGAAAGGGACAGUGUACAGAAGGCUCUUCAAGGGGACCAAUGAAGCCAAGUGGGAAGAACACCCAAGAAGUCGUGCUUGACACAAGCCUUUGUCCAAAGGACAAAAAUUAUGAAUGGGCUUUCAUAAAUUGCCCAGGGUGUCAGUGUAAUGGACACAGCACGUGCGUGAACGGCAGUGUUUGUGAGCAAUGCAGAAACCUCACUGUGGGGAGACAGUGUGAAGCCUGCAUGCAGGGAUACUACGGAGAUCCUACCAAUGGUGGCAAAUGUCAACCUUGCAAAUGCAAUGGACAUGCAAACGCUUGCCAGGCACAAACAGGGAAAUGCUUUUGCACCACGAAGGGAAUCAAAGGAGAUCAAUGCCAGUUAUGUGAAUCAGACAACCGUUACCUUGGGAACCCACUCCGAGGAACCUGCUAUUACGGCCUUUUGAUUGACUACCAGUUCACCUUCAGCCUCAUACAGGAUGAUGACCGCCAUUACACAGCUAUCAAUUUUAUGGCCACCCCCGAGCAGACAGACAAAGAUCUCGACCUGUCCAUCAAUGCGUCAAACAACUUCAACUUAAAUGUCACUUGGUCUGCAGGCUCAACAGCUGGAACAAUAUCUGGAGAAGAAGUUCCCAUCAUCUCGAAGAUGAGCAUUAAAGAAUACAGAGAUGGCUUCUCUUACGAAAAGUUUAACUUUCGCAAUAACCCGAAUAUCACAUUCUACGUGUAUGUUAGCAACUUUAGCUGGCCCAUCAAAAUACAGAUCUCCUUUUCACAGCACAGUAGUUUUAUGGAUCUGGUCCAAUUCUUUGUCACAUUUUUCAGCUGUUUCCUGUCGUUGCUGUUGGUGGCUGCUGUGGUGUGGAAAAUCAAACAGACCUGUUGGGCAUCUCGAAGGAGAGAGCAACUCAUGCGGGAAAGGCAGCAGAUGGCAAGUCGUCCUUUUGCUUCUGUCGAUGUAGCCCUGGAAGUUGGAACAGAAGAGCCAGACAUCAUAAGAGGCCCACUGGAGGGAGUCCCCAAGCCUAUUGCUGUGGAGCCGUGUUCGACGACCAGAGCUGCAGUUCUGACCGUUUUUAUAUGUCUGCCGAGAGGCUCGUGUGGAACCCCACCUCCCGGUCAAUCAGGUCUGGCCAUAGCCAGUGCACUUAUAGACAUCUCCCAACAGAAGCCAGGCGAGUGCAAAGAGAAGACCUCAGCCUUUAGGAACCGAAAGCAACUUCCUCCAAAACAUCAAGGAACCUGUGUAUAAAUAAAGGACGGGAGGGGAGGGGUGGGAGGGGAAGGGGGAGAGAGGAGAGAAAAAGAAACACUGCGCUUGUUUAUUCUGUACUCUUUUCCUUUUUUUUUGAUAUGGCUUUACUUCGAAACCACUCGACACGCCUCAGGUUUUGUGUGCGCGUGUGUUGGAGGCCACGGCGUGAGAUUAGGAAAGGCACAUCAACUGCGUUCAAAGUCAGCGGUGUCCUACAGCAGUGAACUGGAGGUAAAAGUCGUCUCUCUUUGCUGUCAGUUUGACUUAUUGCCUUUCACUUCAUUGAAGUAUAGUUGUGAAUAGGAUUAUGAAAACAAACAACGAGAAAAAAAAAGGAAACACUGAAAGAGAAUCCACCAACACCAGUGACUCCCUUCUUUUUAAGACACAAUUUCCGACGGCAACCGAGAGCAGCUCAUUGAUAGUUACUGUCAGACAAUGCACCUAACGAACAUUAAAGAUGGUCAAGGUGUUGAUUCAAAGGCUGUUACCAGAGGGAUGAAUGCUUUUGAUAUAUAUAUAUACUGUAUAUAAAUACAUAUAUAUAUAUAAUUGUAUAUGGUACUGCAGUUUUGGGUAAAUGUGAAGGGUGGGGAGGGAGAAAGGUCUAAUGUUAAUGCAUUCUCACCAUCCUUAAAGCCCCCCCUCCCCCCCCUCCC